AUGAAUGAGAGUAAUCAAGACAGUAGGGGAGAUAAGAUAUUUGUAGAGGAAAUCCGAAGAUUUUUAGAAAAGAUCCGACUUUACCUUAGAAAAAACUGUCCUCCUUCUUUGGAAGAUCAAAUGAAGUAUAAUCAUGAAUUUGCUCUUUCAACUUCAUUUCAUGGUGUCCAUAAUAUUGUUACAAGAUUUAACUCAGAAAUAAAAAAUGGAAACAUUCGUAAAGCAAUCUGGAUUUCUGUCGUUUUUCUGUCAAUCAUCACAGUCACAUGGCAGAUCUGCAUUCGUGUUAUCAAUUAUUUUAGCUGGCCGACUACUACAUCAGUAAUAGUUCAAUAUGUUGAAAACAUUGAAUUUCCUUCUGUUACAUUUUGCAAUGUAAACAGGUUCCAAACACAAGCAGUGAACAACCUCAGUGUUGCAUUUUUACUUUGGAAUCUUGUAUCUGCUGUUCUCCAUUUAUCAUGUAUUUCCUGUGAUUCAGAAAACUUUCAAGAAGUAAUUGAUUUUCUGCAAAGCAACCAAAAUUUCAGCAUUAAAGAGUUUACCAGGAAUUAUGGAUUUUACCUUGAUAACAGCACGCUGCUCAAAUGCAAUUUUUUUGGUAAUCCAUGUUAUCCUGAGGACUUUAAACAUGUUUUCACAGAGUAUGGUAACUGCUUCACUUUUAACCAUGUUGAUAAUUUGAAAAAGAGAAGAAUAAGCAGUUCAGGAAGAGGCUUAAGUUUGCUCUUUGACAUAAAACAGUCAGAAUUCUCUGAUGAACCAAUUCUGGGUUUUACUGAUGCUGGAAUUACGUUUGUUAUACAUUCCCCAGCUGAACCACCAAGAUUUGAUGGUUUAGGAUUACAUAGCCCUGUAGGGAUGCAUUCCCAUGCCGCAAUACGCUAUUUUAAGACAAUUACACAGGAAUAUCCUUGGGGUGAAUGUGAUCCUAAUUUGAAACUCAGCUACUAUGAUCUUUACAGUACUUAUGGAUGUUUACAAGAGUGCAAAUCAAAUUAUAUACAAAACAAAUGUGAAUGCUUACCAUUUCUUCUUCCAGGCAAUGGAAAGGAAUGCGACAUUCAAGCAUUGUAUACUUGUGUUACACCAGCACUACAUAAUAUUGAAAGAUAUGAAACAUGUACAGUAGGUACAUACAAUUCCACCUGUCCGAUACCCUGCGAAGACACAGAUUAUCCUGCUACUAUUUCAUAUUCUACAUUUCCAAGUGAUAAAGCCGCUGAAUUUCUUUCAGUAAAGUUAAACAAAAGUGCUGCAUAUAUGAGGAAUAAUUUAGUGUAUAUUGAUAUCAAAUAUAACGAAUUAAACUACAAAAUAACCAAACAACAGAAGGCUCUGACAGCAAGUGAACUUCUCUCUGAUAUAGGUGGCCAACUUGGCCUGUUUUGUGGAGCGAGUAUGAUCACAAUUAUAGAAAUUUUGGAGUAUAUGGUCACAAAUUUGUACUGGCUGUCCAUAUUUCUACUUCUAAAGACACCCAAUAUGCCACACCACCCACCAGGAUACAGAAGAGACAUACAGGAAUCUUAA